AUGACUAAAGUCGCGUCCUCCUCCUCCCUUUCUUGCCUAAUGGCAGCAGCCACACAGCCCCAUUCACAAAGAACUGCUCUACAUCCGCACUCUCUGCUCGCAGCUUUUGAGCAAGUGAAAAGUGUCGAGAUCGGUCUUCAGGCAUCCGCUUUUCAGGACACAAGACCCGCCAGCUCCCCGGCAGCUCCGAGAGGCCUGAGCGCCAACGGGCCUGUGGGCUCGCCUUCUUACGACAAAACUCUCGGCCGUCCUCCGAACAACACCUCGUCUGCUGCGGCUUUUCGUCAGCCUCACAGCGAGUCGACUGUCGAAUUGGACCGACAGUCGUCGCAAGUAGAGCCCAUCUUGCUGAGCAAGUCGGUACAGGCGAGCCAACCAAAUCAAGCUCUGCAUAAGACUCUCGAAUCCGAUGAGUCCCUCUCCGGCGAUUCGAGGAAUUUGAACAUCCUGCACGCCGCCGUUACCAAUGCCUGCUCAGUUUCAUCCUCUUCCUCCUCCUUCUCCUCCUCCUCCUCCACGACCUCCUCCUCCUUCUCGUGCUCGUCGAGUCCUGAGGACCCUCCAAACAGUGUCGGAAUGAACUGCAACACUGGCGUUCAAGUGAUACCUGCUGGCUCUAACGAAUGCCUUCCUGAAGUCGAUCGUCAAAUAGACCCUUUUUGCUGUCCGGAUUUGUCACCUUCCAGUCACGGUAAGAGGUGA